ACAUUAAGAGCACUCUCAUAUCUAAUUAGAGAUUAAUUGAAUCAGGGGUGUGACGGGAAGCCCUUUGUCAGUUACUACAUAAAAGAGCCCCUGAGUGAGUAGGGGACCCCAAAAAAUUUGUAGUUGGCAAUAACGCCAAUGACAAAAAGUAUUUAUGAAAAACAUUAGAAUUUUAAAUUGUAAUGUUUUGGUAACCGAGCGUGGACGUUGUGGCUAUGACAGUCCUCAGUUUGCCGCCACGCGCUGCCGGCUUUGGACGUACGGCUUGUAGCGCUAUGUUCCGUGCAGUGUCUGAGGGCUGGAAGCGGUACUGGUGGGGAACAGGUACGGAACAACUAAUCACAACUUCCUCAAUAUACUGCCAAAUCGUUUGUGGCAAUGUGAGAAACUCCACUAGUGCACAUCACUCGUACUCUACAUUAUGGAAUGCUUCGACUUUUUACCGUAACGCGUGACUAUAUAGCAACCCUCCGAUGUUUCAUAAAAAAAGGUACAAUUCCAAACAGAAACAAUCGCUUGGAAGAUAUAUAUUUACGUUUUUAUAAUGGGUCGUCUCCCGAAGACUACGUGGAAUUUCCAUUAUCAGAAGCGACUCGCCUGUUCAAUAUUAAAGGCUUCGAUAAAAACAAUUCAACUGUACUUUAUAUCCACGGCUUCAUUGAAACGGCACUGCAGGAGAGUAUCCAGGUCGUGGUGAGCUCCUACUUAGAAAGUAAACCUGGUACAAAUAUUAUACUACUCGAUUGGUCGAACAUGUCGCAUGGUUCCUAUUUGGUUAAUGCUGCGAGAAACACAAAAAAGGUUGGUGCUGCAGCAGCGGAACAAAUCAAAGUGCUAGUAGAAAACGGUCUACCUUUAGACAAAAUACACAUAAUAGGACAUUCACUCGGUAGCCACGUGGCCGGCUACACCGCACGUGAAUUACAAAACAGAUAUCAAAAAACAGUAAAAAGGCUAACAGCUCUUGACCCAGCAUUCCCGGCUUUUUACCCUGAUGGUGUGGUUAUGGAGCACAUAAACUCUGAAGACGCUGAGUUCGUAGACGUGAUACACACAGACGCUGGCGGCUAUGGAGCUCCUGUGCGCACUGGUACUGUCGAUUUCUGGCCAAACGGUGGGAAAAGUAUCCAACCGGGAUGUCCACGCUUUGCGCCUGUGCCACUCUCAGAUGACAGUAAGUAACCGACAAUAUAUUAUUUUCUAACUUAUCACUAGAAAACUUAAAGAGACAUUGAAAAUCAUACACC